GCUAGGACCGUGAUUCUGCGAGCGCGCGGAUCCCAGCACCGGGACCUAUGCUCCAACAAAACGGCUCGAAGCCACUGAAGCUGUCAGCUGCAGCGCGAGGCAUCAUCGGAGCCGUACACCCACCACCUCUGCACCCUGCCCAGAACACAGCCAAACCCGACCAUCUUUGGCUGAGCUCUGGAGCCCUCCGUAUGGGCUCACAAUGCGCAGGAUUCGGGCCAACGCCAUCGCUAUUCUGACCGUCGCCUGGAUCCUGGGCACCUUAUAUUACCUGUGGCAGGACAAUAAACCACACACGUCCCCGUCCUCGGUGUCGCAGACCCGGACCGCCGGCGGCAAGAGCCAUGGUCAGAGAGCGGCUGCGGGGCGCGUGGAGAUUCACCGGGACGACAGAACGAUCCCUCUCAUUGUGACGCGGCCCCCACGGGCAGAGCACGGGGGGGUGCAGAUGGGGCGCUUCGAUGAGAAGGCGUACCUGUCCGGGAAGCAGCUGAAGGCCGGGGACGACCCGUACAGAGAGCACGCCUUCAACCUGCAGGAGAGCGAUCGGCUGGGGAGCGAGCGAGCCAUCCGGGACACACGGCACUACAGGUGCGCAUCGGUGAACUUUGACCCUGACCUGCCGCCCACGAGUGUCAUCAUUACAUUCCACAACGAGGCUCGGUCCACGCUUCUGCGCACCAUAAAAAGCGUCCUCCUGCGCAGUCCCGCCGCCCUGAUCCAGGAGAUUAUCCUCGUCGAUGACUUCAGCACCGACCCUGAAGACUGCCAGCUGCUCGCCCAGAUCCCCAAGGUGAUCUGUCUGAGGAACGAACGCAGGGAGGGUCUCAUCCGAUCCCGGGUUCGAGGGGCCGGCGUUGCCACUGCGUCCAUCCUCACCUUCCUGGACAGCCACUGUGAGGUCAACACGGAUUGGCUGCAGCCGAUGCUUCAGAGAGUCAAAGAGGACCACACCCGGGUCGUCAGCCCCAUCAUCGACGUGAUCAGCCUGGACAACUUCGCCUACCUGGCGGCCUCCGCCGACCUGAGGGGGGGGUUCGACUGGAAUCUGCACUUCAAGUGGGAGCAGAUUCCCAUCGAGCAGAAGAUGGCCCGGACAGACCCCACUCAGCCCAUCAGGACGCCGGUCAUCGCGGGGGGCAUCUUUGUGAUGGACAAGAGCUGGUUCAACCACCUGGGGCAGUACGACAGUCACAUGGACAUCUGGGGCGGGGAGAACUUCGAGCUGUCGUUCAGGGUGUGGAUGUGCGGGGGCAGCCUGGAGAUCCUGCCCUGCAGCCGCGUGGGCCACGUCUUCAGGAAGCGCCACCCCUACGAAUUCCCAGAAGGCAACGCUCUGACUUACAUCAAGAACACACGCAGAGCGGCGGAGGUGUGGAUGGAUGACUAUAAGCAGUACUACUACCUCGCCCGUCCCUCAGCGCAGCAAGUCCUCUCGCAUAGCAUCUCAGACCGCCUGGCUCUUCGUCGCAAGCUCAACUGCAACUCCUUCCGCUGGUAUCUGGAGAACGUUUACCCCGAGCUGAGGGCCGAGCAGGAGCCCGUGUCCAGCAUGCUGAAGCAGGGGGGCCUGUGUCUGGAGUCCCACGGCACGGAGAGCCUGAGCCUGGGAGAAUGCAGGGGCAGCGGGGCCAUCUGGCCCCAGUCACAGAAGUGGGCCUUCGCUGAACCUCUGAUUCGUCAGCAGGACCUCUGUCUUGCUAUCACCGCCUUCUCGUCCGGGUCAAAGGUCAGGAUGGAGCCCUGCAAUCCGAAAGAUGGCAAACAGAAGUGGAAGCCGAAGGGCCCGGCCUUGCAGCACGCGGUCAGCGGCCUGUGUCUGGACAGUCAGCCCCCGGCUGGCCCCCCCAUCGUCGCUCAGUGCCGGCCUCAGCUGGCCAGCCAAACCUGGGAGCCUCAGCUGCUCACCUGAUCAAACCGGGGGGGGGCUUGGGUGUAGGUGGGGGGUGGGGGAGUGCACGUGGGGGUGGAGGUUGGGGUGGGGUUGGGUAAUGUGCUGUGUCGGAAGAAGAAGCUGGUUAAUGCACUAGAACUCGGUGGGUCACGAACGCCACACUGUCACUGUUUGAAGAGCCGCUGUCUGGAAGCAAGUGUGCCCCGGGACUCUGUGCUUCGAGAGUCAUUUCUUGGACUUCCGGAGUUCCUAAUGUCUGAAUGAGGAGUGUGAAGGGGUUUAGGAGAAGGGGGGUGGGGGAGGGCGGGAUUGGAAGUUUUGUGCAUCCUUGGAUCCUCCUGAACUAUCUUUGAGCUCAAACCUGUAAUUCCUCACCUUCAAUGUGGACAUUUUUCCCCCCCUCAUAGUUUUUGUUUGCUAACUGUCUUGAGUGAGUUUUUUUCCCCAACAUUUCCCCCUGUUUUUGUUUGCAGUUUUAUCAAAAGCUAGACCAUCCUAGUAAAGUUUAGCCUCUAUGCUCGAAUCAAAGGGUUGGCCAGCUGGCUGGGUGGUCAGUUGAUUGGUCAAGAGCCAAGGCUGCAUCAGAAGAAGAAAAGAUCUGGGAGGUGGAGAGUUGGAAUGAUCCACUGUGAAGCGGGGAGAGGGGUGCUGAGGGAGAGGUUUUAGAUGAGACCAUCUGAAGCACGUUCAGGUACACUUUGUGUUUGCAUGGUUAUCUUAUUCAAGACCACACUGAAACGAGGAGAAGUGAAGUGUCCACAACAGAGAAUGUAUUUUUUGUUGCUGUUGUCGUUGUUGUUGUUCUUUUUUAAAUGUGUAAAUAUUUUAAAUAAAAUCUAAACUGACCUGGGUUCGGAUGAAGAAAAAAAAAUGUGUCAAAUUAAAAAAAGAAUGAAUAAAAGGAACAUGAACAGAAAAUUA